AAGUGUAUCAGUGCAGUGUGAUCAGUGAAAAAAAACAUGGACACCCGCGGUCCAAAGUGUGAUUAUCAGUCGCGAGUGCAGUGCAAGUGAAAUAAGUGAUCACCGAUGGCAGCGAUCACCCCCACAUGUGUAUUCUACUGGAGACAGCAAAAGCAUCAAUGAUGCAGUAAUUUCACAAGUUGAAAUCAGUUGUGAUGUCUACAACAGAAAAAUUCCUUUUCUAUCAAGACAUGGACGAGGGAUUUUUCCAAGUUCCCCUCGGUUGGUUCCACCCUGCGUGCCGUUCUCCACCUCGAAUUCAGUGCCCGCGUACCUGUGCCAUGACAAUCGUUUCACCGAUGAGCGGGAGCGGACGCUGAUAUGGGCCAAUGUUGUAUUCUCGUUUGACAGCAUCGUAUGCCGCACUCACGGAAAAAAAAGGAGACAAGAGCCCAUGCGAGAAUAAGUGGUCCUACGGACGAGAGUUUAAGCAUGCGACUGGCAUCGUCGCCUGGGGUGGGCACAGCCAAACUUGGACACCAGAGAAAGAUGAUUCGGAUGACCAACGACGGAUAUAACACUUGUUCCAGCCAAUAAGGACGUGACAGCAGGGAUAUCGGUGACCAAUAUGGGGACUGAUUUACCGACGGAGCUGGGGGGAGCUGCUCGGGGUUGGCCUCCGUCCCACGGGUGGCGCCACCGACACUGCUGUGUACAUUCAGUGGUUGUGUACUAAACAUCGCUCCGCAACGACGAAACGAGUUUUCCACAGUUUUAUCAGUGAUUAUAACAGUGAUUGAGUGAAUUUCGGAGGAAAUAGACACAUCGAGCUGUUUCGCACGUAAACACAAGGGGGUUGAAUGACACGACGCUGCCCAGGAAACGAUUUUUCGUCGCUAAACCGAUGACAGAGGGACCUCUUUGAUGUUGUGGGUGGAAUGGAGGUUUUGUGAUGGGUUUUGGUGAAGACAAUGGUCAAGGACCCGCGGCAUGUGGCACAACGGUGAGCUGGAUCUCAUAAGAUUAACAAAUUGCGGUGGUGAAUAACAAGUGAUUGGAUAUCGUGUGAGAGAACUGAGUAAGAAAGACUAAAUAAAUUUUUCAUCUUGGGGUGUUAUUAAAAAGCCGCAAAAACGGAGGAAUCAGAGGAAUUCAAGAUGACGCAGCAGAGCGGUGCCGGUUCACCCCAGCAGUUCUGUUUGCGAUGGAAUAAUUAUCAGACAAAUUUAACCAAUGUCUUCGAUCAAUUGCUCCAGAGUGAGUCAUUCGUUGAUGUGACCCUCGCUUGCGACGGCCACUCGGUGAAAGCACACAAGAUGGUAUUGUCAGCGUGUUCACCGUACUUUCAGGCCCUGUUCUUUGAAAAUCCAUGCACUCAUCCUAUUGUCAUAAUGAAGGACAUUAAGUGGCCCGAAUUGAAAGCAGCUGUUGAAUUCAUGUACAAGGGUGAGAUAAAUGUAUCCCAAGAGCAGAUUGGUCCUUUAUUGAAAGUCGCGGAAUGCUUGAAAAUUCGGGGACUAGCGGAUGUCAAUAGUGAACAGGAGCUUGUCACACGGCCAAGUAUGCUUGACAACAUAGCAUCAUUGGCAAGUGGAUCACAAAAUCGUAAGAAACGUCGUAGAGUGUCUGGUGAUCGUUCACCAAGUGUCAAUAGUCCUGAUCAAAAUUCCUGCAUAAUUGAUGAUCAAGAAGUCAUUGGAUUGCCAGAUGUACACAAUCUCGUUGCAUCAUCAACACCAAGAUCCAUUGGUUCACCAUCAUCAGCCCCAAGUAUCUCAGUAACACCGCAAAUUAAUCUUCAGGAGCUUCCUGUCUCAUUGCCAUUACCACCACCACCAACAUCAAGCCAGAGCGCUCAUUCUGUUGGACACCACGUGACUAGCCACGUGACAUCUGGUGGUCAUCCUAGUGUCAAUCAUCUUGGACAGCAUGUACAGGGAUUGACGGUGCAGCAGCACCAGGCACAGGCACAACAAGCUGCUGUUGCAGCACAACAUCAGGCCCAACAGGCACAACAGCAGGCUGCUGCAGCACAACAUCAUCAACAGGCGGUUGGCAAUCAAUCGACGCCGGUCGAUGAUUUGGAGAUUAAGCCGGGGAUUGCUGAGAUGAUUCGGGAGGAGGAAAGGGCCAAGUUAUUGGAGUCUUCCCAUGCUUGGCUCGGUGCCUCCACCUCCAAUAUAUCAGCAGACAGCUACCAGUAUCAGCUACAGUCGCUCUGGCAAAAAUGCUGGAAUACGAAUUCCGGACUUGUUCAUAAUCUACGCUUUCGGGAACGUGGGCCCUUGAAAUCUUGGAGGCCUGAGACCAUGGCUGAGGCGAUCUUCAGUGUUUUGAAGGAGGGACUUUCAUUGAGUCAAGCAGCCAGAAAAUACGAUAUUCCAUACCCAACAUUUGUCUUGUACGCGAAUCGCGUGCACAACAUGCUAGGACCGAGCUCCGAUGGCGGGGCCGGUGAGUAUCUACGGCCAAAGGGACGAGGAAGACCCCAGAGGAUUCUCCUGGGUGUGUGGCCGGACGAGCACAUCCGCGGUGUUAUCAGGGCCGUUGUAUUCCGUGACGGCUCCAUCGUCAAGGACGAGCCAAAUCCAAUGUAUCCAAGCCUAGCGAAUUACGCGUGCAAUGGGCCAGAGGGGGCGGUGAGCCCUGGUGCUGCUGCGGCUGCUGCGGUUGCCGCGGUCGCCCAAGGUCUGCGGCACCAAAUGUGCAGCAUGGUAGCAGCAGCACAAUCCCACCAGCACGACAUGAUAGCCACAAAUCUCUCCACAAACUUCCAAACAGCUGUUCAAGUCAGCCAGCAUCAUCUGAACAACAACAGUGGUUCGAGUAACAACAACAAUAAUACAAACAGCAACAACCGUAAUUCCCCGUUAAUCCUGGGGCUGCCGAGUCCUGGCUCGGGUGGUCCACCAGAGAGUCCCAUGGAGGGCAGUCCACUCGCCAGCCCCCUCGCACCACUGAUGGAUCCAGCCCACAUCCCCAGCAGCGUUGAAGUGGGCAUUGGGGUCAGUGGCAUGACAUACAAGCCCCAGCGCAGCUACGUCAGCCCCAGACCGGAGAAUAUAUUCCAGGAGGAUAUCUCAGACCUCGUGAAGAGUUCCCACGGGCACAAGGACAAGGACAAAGUGCCAGUUAAACUCGAGCCCUUGACUGAUUCCAGGAGUGAGCAGUAAUUCUUCUUUUUUUCCAUUCAACAAUCGAAGAAAAAUUCACAUUUUGGUUCUCACGGAAAAUUUUAUGAGGCUCAAUCUCAAUUGUUACAUUUCUCUCCUGCAAGGGAACGAAGUAUUUGUAAUUAAGGGAAUGGGUGAGGGAGCAUGUAAUUGUUGAGAGUCCUAAAAUUAUUUCGAGAGUGGGAUAACACGGGAGAACACGAAAAAAUCAAAAGAAUAUUACGAGCACUGUAAAGAGUUAUUUGUCUCGUAGCCCUCGAGUGUUUGAGUCACAUUAAUGUGACACUGAAUGGAGUACUUGGGGAUUAAGUUAUAAAUGAGAUAGUGGAACAAAAUAUAAUGGGUAACGUGAAGUAGAGUGGAGAUGUGGUCUUAGGAUUAUAAAAUUUUAGUCGUCGAUUACCGAAUUUUGCGCCAAAAUUAUCCCGAAUGAAAAUACACAACAUAAUAUCGAUUAGUUCUUCGUCAGUAAGAUGGGGAAAAUUUUUGUGGAAAUCGUACUCAAGAUAAUUUAUAUGUACGCAAUACGGAUUAUAUGUUAAUGCCAAAUGUAUAAUAGUUUGAUGAGGAUCGGUUGCAUGCUAUAGGGAAAUUUUCCUUGGUUUUUUAUGUGAAAAUCAUUUGAUGGUCACUUUAAUUUUUCGGCUGAACACACGUCGAAAUAAUUUUUCGAAUUAACGAUGGAAAAAUAAAAUGCAAAUUUUUAGUUCUUUGCAUUAAAAUGACGGUGCAGUUAUUGUCAUUUUCUAGUCAAUCGAACGUCCACGCAUAUUUAUUGUGAUUAUUUUUUUUUCACAUUUCGACAAGUGUUGAGCCUGCGAACACCAACAGGAGAUACUUCAACUUUUCGGAUUUUCUCUCGAACAAUAAAUGUGGCCAUUUUUUAAAUGACACUACUUAAAAUGAUAGAAGAAAUGUACAAAAUUGGUCACUUGUCUUCAUCUUAUCGGGGGAUGAAGUCAAAAAAGAGGAAAGCAUUAAAAAUUUAAUGAAGAUGAAGACUUCGUGGUGGGAAUACGUGAAAUUAUAUUGAAAGGUGCAACAACUCGACAAGUUUUUGAAAAAAAGAGUCGAAUUAUUUAAGUAAUGAUUGCCUUCCUGCCAUAUUUGGGGUAUGCCAAGUAUAAAAAUUAUAAGAUUUAGGUAUUUAAAAAAAGGGAAAAAAAUGUUUAUGGAAAAAAAAUUUGAAAGAAAGAACGUAGACUGGAUCUUUGAGGAAAUUGGAGAGUAUUCGAUUCAUCCGAGUGUGCGAGUGAAUGCUGAAAAUAAAGGUGAGAAUUUCUGACUGUUGUGAUGGAUGAGAGCUUGCCUUUCUUCGUUUAUUCGAGAGAUCGUGCUAUUUUUCAAAAUUGUAAAGAAAAAAAAGAUAAAUUUUGCCGUGCGUUAUUUCGGCCAAUGGGACCCUGGGAUUCUCGAUUCAGAAAAAAACCCCAUCCCCUUGGGAAUUUCUCUAGUGUAAAAAUAAAAAAAAACAAUUCGAAGUGGCCUUCGUAAAAAAGAAAAACAAAUCUCCAUGAGAAUCUUGUUUUUUGGCUUUCUUUCCAAUGUUGUAGAUUUUUUUGUCCAGGAAUUGAUAAAAGAAAGUUCUCGCGCGUCUCGGUCGUUUUUUAACGUUUUCUUGAUAAAUACUGGCGUCGAAAUUAGUUCAGUACUAUUAUUAUCUCAUCCAAUAUCAUCAAUAGUAUUUUCUCUGUAGAAUUCACUCAUCAAUUGUUUUAGUCAACUUUUCCUUCAAAUCUCAGCAAUAAAAAACCUUCUCAGCGUUAUUUUUUUCAAUUUCCUUUAAGCAUCUCAAGUUGUUUUGCAAUAACUGAACUAAUUUGACGCUGAGACAAGUGAUAACGAGUCAAAUUCGUUCUAAUUAGCACGACGGUGAUUAAUAUUAAAAAAUGAUAUUCUUGAUACAAACAUUUUUGUGCGAAAAUUACAAAAAAGAAAAGAGUAAAAAUUACUAUAAAAAAAUGAACGAUCAAUGAGGAAAUUUUGCGUUACCAUCUAAAUAAGAAAACGUAAUAAAAAAUCCCACGGGCCGUUCGUCGUCCUGUUGAUAUCGUAUACGUAUUAAAAAAUAAUUCCUGAACUUUCUUAUUUCCGACGAGUCGCUUUAAAAAUUCCUGAAGCGGAGAAAAUGGAUACGGUUUUUACAAUCUAGGCUUAAAUGUGUUCAGAGUGAACUUUCAGAUGAACCGAAAAGAACAAACAAAUUUUAAACUAACACGACAAAAAUCGCGAGACCGAGAGCAAGCGAGUGUGCGAAAGUUUUUGAAAGAUUGAGACGUGAGAAAAAUAAAAUUAAAUAUUGUAUAAAAAAAAAGUAGUAAGUGCCUUCCAAAAGAAAAAAAAAUUGUUUAAAGAGUCCCGUAGAUCGUGACCAGUUGUAAGUGAAGAGAAAAGAAAUUCAAAAUUUCGUGGUUUAAAAAUCUCAAAGUAACACUUUCAGGAAUUAAAAGAAAAAAGAAAUUGGUAACUGCAAUGUGUCGAUGAAGAAAAAAAAUACUAAAAAUAACCAGCGUGUUUGUGAAUUGAGUGUAUGGUAUUAAAAAUGAAAAAAAAGCUGAUGAGAAAAGUCGCCUGUCGUGCAAACGCCGGGAACACCUCAAAUGCCUGCCCGUUAGCAUUUGCACGUCACGCGUUUUUAUAAAAACUCCGAAGAAACAAUAAUUAAAUUCCGUUUGGAUCGAUCCACCACCGGUAAUACCCUGAAUGGCAUGUCUGUAGGAAGUUGAACUUGUUUUUUUUUCCUCCAUUUAUCGAAACGAUAUGAGAAUGAGAAUUUUUAAAAAUAAAUAAAUGAAAACGUGAGAAUAAAUUUAGAAAAGACGGUGAAAGAAAAAUCCUUCGUUUCCACAUUUUGAUAUAUCCGUGAAGAAGAAAGAAAUAAACAAAAAAAAAUACAUAAAUACCUAUAUUACAUACUUAACGUGUAAGUGAAGAAAAAGAAAAAAAACACAAAAAGUAUCUAGUACGCUAAUAUUGAUAUAGUGAACAUGAAAUGAUUAUAUAAAGGAUAUAAAUAUUUAUUAUAUAUAAAUUGAUAUAUGUAUAUCGAUACGGUUGCUGCUGGGGUGCAUUUACCAAAAAAAUCACAAGAAAGAAAAAUUACGAGAACAAUUAAGUAAAUUUACCUUUGAUUUACAAGACGAUCCUCUAGACUAGCUAACGGAAAUCACGGGGUCUUGGUGGUAGGACGCAAUCAAUAGGAAUUUCGCGAAAGAUAUAAAUUCAGAUGCAGGAUUUCACGAGCAGGUUUUUGGAGAACGCCCAUUCGUUUGAAUAGAAGACAAAGAAAUUAUUAUUGAAAUGAGACCCGAUAUCAAAGCUAAUUAAUUAUACAAUCAUCACUUCACACCGCAAUAACUAGAAUCAUACUAAACAAUCCUUCAUUUCUCAGAAAUGAUAAAGCAAUGAACGAGUGUAAAGACAAUUGACACAAAGAGCGACAGAAUUCCCAUUCAAUUAUCGAUUGAAAUUCGAUGAAGAACGAAAAAAAAAAUGAAUUGUACAUGACAGGCGAUGACGAUGAAGGACAGAGUCUACAGAAUAAACCGAACAAACUGCAACUGCUUCUUUUGCCCCGCUACAAUAAAAACUACAGUUGAGAGGUAGUGAAUAAAAAUAGUUGAAUUCCUAGGUGACCAGGGAAAACUCGUUAGUGAUUUUUCAAGUUAGAGUUCACAUUAUUUGGUCUCAAUUCAUGAUAGCACCCGAUGCAAUAGAACAGUAUAACAAGCUACAUCCAACAAUCCUCACAGUAAAUAAAUGAAAACAAAUCCGGAGUAACAAAUGAGGAUAUUCACGCGCAAAAGAGCAUAGGUAAUAACAAAAAAAAGUUGAUAAAACGCCAAGCAAGUGUUUUGUGCAAGAGUUGUAAAUAUGAAAGAUGCAGCAUCGCACGGCAGGUUCAAUAAAUGUAUUAUUGUAUUCAAUUGAAUUGUAUUUAUAAUUACUUAUGAUUUAUCCCGAAGCAUUUGAAAAAAAUGUGCUUCGACGUUUGAAUUUAUUAUCCGUUAAUUUCAAUUACCCCCGUGGGCCAAGUGUAUUUAUCCGACAUUUAAUUUUCGAUUUAUGUUUACGAAAAUAGUUGAAUAUAGCGGUGUAAUAGUCGAAUAGUGAUAGUGGAAUUAUCGUGAAAAAUAAUCGGUCGAUGGCUCGGGGAAAAUCAUCAAUAACUGUAUAGAUCAUUCUUUAAUUUAUUCCGUUGAAUGUAUGUCCCUGCACUGAGAGCUUAUGAUCAUAUCGAGUGCAAUUAUAUUAAACAGUGGUAAUGGGAAGAUGAAUCCCUCGACUGUGAGUUAAUUAAGCUCUCGGCGUAAUCAAAAGAGUAACGAUAGUUUAAAUGUUUUAAUUUUAUAUUGCAACAUAUCUCGUGUUGCGAACUCGAGAAUAUUCCGUUUUACGAUAGAUAGACGAAUUUGUUAUUUAAAUUUCUAUUUUAUCGAUUUAAUUGUCCCCGACUGGACAUUUUAUAGGGAUAAUUAUUCGAUAUUUUUUUAAUACUAAAUAAGUAUGAUAGUGUACUUUCAGUUUCUGCGAAGCGAAGCGAAGACCCGAACAAUUGCAUGAUGAAAAAAAAACAUAAGGUCAUGGUAAAUGAAAAUUCACUGUUGAAUGAGAGAUGAAAACUCCCCCGUCCCCCCUUCCCAUCCCACCACCCCCGCCCCUCCAAAAAAAAUGCUGUUGAACUUUUAUUUAUUAUCCGAAGUGAAGAAAAAUGUAGAUGUUAAGAAUGACGUUCUACCGAAAUAUGCUAGACUUAUAAAUACACCCUUAUAUAUAAUGAAUUAAGCGUACAUUACCUACCUACCUUAAUCCGUCGUUGACUACGGAUGAGGAUGAAAUAAAAGAAAAAUAUGGAAACAAAAACAGAAAAAAAUCACGCAAUCAUACAUUUAAGUUGCUACUUGGCACGUAUACCUAAGUAAUAUUACUAACAUAAACAGUAUGCAAUAAUAAUAAAUAUGAGGAGAAAAAAAAUAUAAUUGAAAUAUGAAUUUGUUAUUUCAUUACCUUGACUCCCUGGCUGCAAUCUUCCGCCUUUCCUCCAUUAUUUGCAAUAAUUCCACUCAUAAAGUAUUUAAUCGACACUCACUCCUGACUGUUAUUUGUUACAAUUUACUGACUUCAUUCGAAAAUAUAAGAAAUUGAAUUGAUCAGAACUUUACAAUUUUUUUAUUCGCCACUCAAUAUACAAAUUGAAAUAUCUUCAUUCUAUUGUUAUAGAGAAGAAUACAAUGAAAUAAUUGCCAAACUAAACAGAAUAUGAAAUUUACAAUUUCUGAACUGAUAUCGGUAUAAAUAUAAAUAAUUAUUAGAAAAAAUAGUCCGAUAUUUGAAAUGUAAAAUGGUCAAUGGCAAAUCGUAUGCUCGUUUCCCGAAAUACAAUCCGCAAAUGCUUUUAUUCUAUUUUUACAACAAAAAAAUGCAAAAAACA